UUUGCUCACCCAAAAGAAGAAGGGUGACCCAAUCCAGGUGAAACCCUAGCUAUAUAUAAUGGAGGUAGUAUUACACGCUUGCUGCGCCUCUGUUUUCUCCUUGUUUGUGUUCGGAAGCUGCGUCUCCUCCCAAUUCUGCAGAUCCAUAGCCUUUCUGGAAGGAAUUUAAGAAGAAGAGAUGAAGGUAGUAGCUGCAUAUUUGCUGGCCGUGUUGGGAGGCAACACCUGUCCUUCCGCCGAUGAUCUCAACAACAUCCUCAACUCUGUUGGAGCUGAGGCUGAUGAUGAUAAGAUUGAGCUCCUUUUGUCGGAGGUCAAGGGUAAGGACAUAACGGAGCUCAUUGCAUCUGGACGGGAGAAGUUGGCAUCAGUUCCUUCUGGUGGUGGUGGUGCUAUUGCAGUGACCUCAUAUGGUGGUGGUGCUGCUGCAGCUGCUCCAGCAGCAGCUGAGCCCAAGAAAGAGGAAAAGGUGGAAGAGAAAGAGGAGUCAGAUGAUGAUAUGGGCUUCAGUCUUUUUGACUAAGGGGUUCAGAUUCCUUCUUUCUCCCACAAUUCAGAGUAAUGUAAGCUUGAACUUUUUGUUAUGCAGAGUGACUGUAGCUUUUGGUUUUUUAUUUGGUAGAAAAAAGCUUGGCAUAUUAAAAAAAUACUGCAACUCUCUACUUGUCAUAUUUUUGUUUCUUUUAUUAAACUAGUGAAUUUUGUGCUCUAUUCCAAAUGUGUCUAAUUUAAUGUUUUUGAUAAA